CACAAAGCUAUGUCCUCAUGAUUGCUCCCAAUAUGAGCUGAUCAACCAGUAUGACUGUGAAUUCAUGAGCUAUGGCGGGCAAUGAGGAUUUGGAAGAUAAUAUCGACCAGAUCAACGUGAAUGAGAUCCAAGAAAACGGCAUUGAUAAUAUUGAGAUUUUGGAGGAUCUAAAGAAUCAAAAUAUUUUACUCAAUAAGAGUAAUCAUGUGGAAACUGAUGUAAAAUUAAUAGAUCUAGAAGAUGAUAUAAAAGAUAGCAAUUUAAAUGCAGUUGAAUCAACUGAAAAGAUUGUCGAUAAUUAUGAUCCUGACAAGAAGUUUGAAUCCUGUAUCGAAAUCAAUGAGAAUAACGUAAAAUCUAAUGAAGAACUAUUGGACAAUCAUGAUGUGGAUAGCAUUGAAUCCUCCUGUGAUGAGAACAAGGAGAACUCAGAACAACCGCCUAUUUCAAGGACUAAACCUAUUGUUCAUUCCCCUUCAGAAAAACCACUCUGUCAGAAACACACUAAGAGUUCUAACCAGCUUAUAAAAACAGACUGUGACGAGUGCUUCUCAUUGCUUUCAAAUCCGACAACAUCUAUAUCUCAGAUAUUUGGAGCAAUGAGAGAGUGGAUGCCAGGAAGUCAGAAAAAAAUGAAUGUUUUAGUCGAAGAAAUAUUAAGAAGAGGUGCACAUAUAGAUGACAUGGAUGGACUAGAAGGUAACACCAUGCUGCACUAUGCCUGUAAAUCAGCCUCUGAAGGUAUCGGAUCCAGUGACAUGGCAAAACAACUUGUGAAAGAUCUGAUUGAUAAAGGUGCUAACUUUAAGCUCAGAUCACGGUGGACUGACAUGCUCCCGCUUCAUUUUGCAGCAUAUUUCAACUGUCCGGAGAUACUGGGAGUACUGUUAGAUGCAUCAAGCAACAGUGAUAUAGACGCACGGUGUAAGGAGUACGACCAGGGAACAGCACUACACAUGGCAGCUUCAGGGCUGUGUUACAAGGCUGCCAGGUUUCUUAUAGACCGGGGAUCUGAUCCUACACUCAUCAACAACAAGUACAAGACUCCGUACGAGUGUAUAGCUGAGGGAACAAAACACGAGCUCCGCCAAACUCCAGACUCAGUUGAACAACUCAGAGCACUCCUAAAGAGCGCUAAAUCUCCUGUUGCUGACGAAGUUCUUAAAGAUAUCGGCGUCUCAAUAGGUGACGACGUGCAGGUUGAGGGAGGUAAGACAGGAACCCUCAAGUUCUGCGGUAAGACCCAGUUUGCUAGCGGAGUUUGGUGUGGUGUCGAGCUACAUGAUAAGACUGGUAAAAAUAACGGCUCUGUAGCUGGGGUUACCUACUUCAAAGCUAAACCUGGUUUCGGUAUGUUUGCUCCUCCUAGUAAACUAUCAGUGCUUGAAAAACAGAGGAGACCUUCUCAAAGCAGCAGCUCUUCUGAUACCGCUAAACUUAAGGUUGGCGACAGGGUGACUGUGAUAGGGUUUAAGCUUGGUUAUAUUAGGUUCCUGGGAAAAGUUCGCUUCGCUGGAGGUGUCUGGGUAGGAGUGGAGUUAGAUAAACCGUACGGCAAAUGUAACGGAACGAAGGAUGGUGUAAAAUACUUCUCCUGUAAACCUCAGAACGGAGUACUCGUACCAAUAGACAAAGUUAAGAGAUGGUAAGAAUGAUGGCACUGUCCAAGGGAAACGCUACUUCGCUUGUAAACAAGGGUACGGUAUCAUGGUGCGACCCAGUAAAGUCACUAUACACGGUAUCUCCGCCAGCAAACUGAUUGACGAGAAAGAUUACCCUGAGUAGUUAUUACGGGGACUAUUAGUGUUAAUAUUUUAAAUAGGGCAAGUUCCUCCUGCUUCACCUUCCUAUAAGGUAGAUAUUCUUGAAUUUGCUGAGCGAGGCGAAUAUCUGUGUUCCCAUGGAAGGUUGACUAUUUUACUUCAAGGGAAUCACGUGAGGGUCACGACAGGUGAGGGUCACGUGAGGGUAUUCCUUAUGAGAAGUAUGUUAGAGUAUUUGCACUAUAUUCACGCUAGUCUCUACUACCUGUACGCUACAUCUAAAAUAAUCGUAGCACUGCCCAAAGAGUGGUAUGUUGAUAGAAUGAGUCGGCAUAAAGUAGUGAUGUAACGAUAAAGUAGUGGUGUAACGACUGUCUCCGCUAUGAAUUAUGGGGAGACGGUACAUGUAAUUGGGGUUUCCGUACAAAUUUCUAAUCCUAGAAGGGAUAUCAACUACUACUAAGUAGUAACUCUCUCCUCUGCUAACAUUUUACAAACAAAUGAUAAAAACAAAGAAUAGCUGAAGUGGUCGUAUUUAUCCACAUAGCAGGAGCACCAACUAUCGUAACACCACUCACCACUGGCUCUGGGCUCAUGACUAAAUUUGGUCUGUGCCUCAUCGUGAUAAUUCUUUGGAUCUGAUUUUUGUGGCACAUUAAAGGUAGCUCAUCUAGUUAGUAACUAGCAGUAACUAGUUGCUAAUUAGUAGUUACUAGUUACUAAUUAGUAGUUACCAGCCAGUUUGUUAAAGAUUUGUUGUCUCAUGAUACUUUGUUAUUUAAUGUUCAGAUAUUCAGAAGAUAUGAAAAGCUUUUAUCAUCAUAAUAAUAAUAAUAUGACCAAUGCUAUAAAGCUGUGAUCUUUUUUUGAACUUUUGGAUCAAACCAUUUUAAAUCUAUUAUGUACACUUAAAUAAGGUGUACAAUUACUAUGUAUGUGUUGUUUUUGAAGAUAAUUUUAUCCAAAUAACAUGUGAAUAAAAUGAGUUAAACUGUAGGUGUGUUGAGCGUUACUACUCCCCCAGUUUACACUAGAUAAUACAUGUUAUUUUUAUGUUUGCACUAGGUGCAUGCUACCCCUUAUUCCUUUACUCUCCCCCAACAAGCUGGGCCCUCUCAUCAUACCAUAUAAGUAAUAAUGACUGUCGGAUUUUAGUGCGCACUGUAUUCCAGUGAUUUGCAGGGCUGGAGGUUACCCAGUUACCUUGUAAGUGGGUAAUAGCACAAAGUAAGGUUGGUGAGCCUAUGUUUAUUGUUUAGAGGGACCCAGGGCAUUUCCGGGUAUCAGGCACUGGACCUUUUAACUUUAGUAAACCAUUACAGAGAGUUAUUAGUCACUUUAUAAUGUAACCGGAGCACAGCUCACUGCCCCUUGCGGUGUACUUACUUAGGGUGAUUGUAUAGGAUGUUGUGUAAUCAUAUGGACGGUAUAUUGUAUGGACAGUGUGCACUAUGUCUGUUCAAUAUUGCAAGCACACACACACACACACAC